AUGGCUGAAGAAUCAACGACAAGACUCGCUCUCCCAGCUCCAGAAGACGUCAAGGACGACGACAAGACGACGCUCGAGCUCAAUUCAACCAUUAAACUCGACAAACUCGGGCCCAUGAUCGUCAACUCUGAUGGUACGAUAUCACGAAUCUCCAAUUGGCAAGAAAUGUCCCAGCUGGAAAGAGACAGAACAGUCCGAAUCCUCUUGAAGAGAAAUCAGAUUCGAUUAGAUUAUCUGGGCAAUGCACAGAGCAGCGAAUCGCUAGAUAAAGCUGAGAAUAAACAAGAAUAG